CCUUGCCUCUUCUUCUGGUUCUGCAACUCUCAUUUGCGGCUAAUUUUAGUUUAAGUUCUCCUUCUUUGACCCAUUUCCCGAUCUGGGUCCUUCUGGUUUGAUCGAAUUCGAUCGAAUGUCCCCGAGUGUUCAUCCUUAAUGGGGUGCAUUACGUCGAAGCAGGCGGUCGCGGUUACGCCUGCUUUCGAUUACUCGGGGUCGUUGCGGGACAAUGGGUCUGGGAAUUUGGCUUCUUCUCUGCGAAACCGAGCUGGGGUAGAGUCUGCGAAGAAGAAGGUUGACACAGGGGAUGGCGGUGGCGAGUUAGGAGAGUCAAAGAAAAGGAGCUCAAACUGUGGGGAAUCGUCCUUCAGCUUGAGGUUGGGGAAUUUAAACAAAAAUGUGGAGGGAGAGCAUGUUGCAGCUGGGUGGCCCACUUGGCUUAGUGCAGUUGCCGGGGAAGCCAUUCAGGGAUGGAUACCUCUCAGAGCGGAUUCUUUCGAGAAGUUGGAGAAGAUUGGGCAAGGUACAUACAGCAGUGUGUUCCGAGCACGUGACCUAGACACUGGGAGGAUAGUUGCUCUGAAGAAGGUGCGGUUUGACAAUUUUGAGCCCGAGAGUGUAAGGUUUAUGGCACGAGAAAUACUGAUUCUUCGCAGACUAGACCAUCCAAACAUCGUGAAAUUGGAAGGAUUGAUUACAUCUCGAUUAUCAUGCAGUAUAUACCUUGUAUUUGAGUAUAUGGAACAUGAUCUGGCCGGACUGUCAUCUUGUCCAGAUAUCAAGUUCAGUGAGUCUCAGGUGAAGUGCUAUAUGCGCCAGUUAUUGUCUGGACUGGAGCACUGCCACUCACGUGGUAUUAUGCACCGGGACAUCAAGGGAUCCAACCUUCUAGUUAAUAAUGAAGGAAUUGUGAAGAUUGCUGAUUUUGGCCUUGCAAAUUUCUGUAGCUCAAGGCACAGGCAACUGCUAACCAGCCGGGUUGUGACUUUGUGGUACCGCCCUCCAGAACUCUUACUUGGAUCCACUGAUUAUGGAGCAUCAGUGGAUUUGUGGAGUGUUGGUUGUGUUUUUGCAGAACUUCUCAUGGGGAAGCCUAUCCUUCAGGGGAGGACUGAGGUUGAACAAUUGCACAAAAUAUUCAAGCUCAGUGGUUCUCCACCUGAUGAGUAUUGGAAAAAGUCUAAACUCCCCCAUGCAACCAUAUUUAAACCCCAGCAUCCUUAUGAAAGUUGUCUCCAAGAGACCCUUAAAGAAUUCCCCACAACUGCUGUGAAUCUGAUAGAAACUCUUCUUGCUGUCGAACCAUAUAAACGUGGCACUGCCUCCUCUGCUCUUGCGUCUGAGUAUUUCGCAACGAAGCCCUAUGCAUGCGAUCCAUCAAGCUUGCCAAAAUACCCACCGAACAAAGAGAUUGAUGCCAAAAGUCGUGAGGAGGCGCGUAGGAAAAAGGCUGGUGGAAGAGUACGUGGGUCUGAAGCAAAAAGAAGACCAUCAAGAAUAAGAGCUUUGCGAGAAACAAGUGUUAAUAAAUUGGUACCCAUACAGGAGCAGCAGGGUGCCCAUAAAAUUAAUAAAAAUAUUGCAUAUAUUAAGGAAGACAAAGAUGCUAGAUUGUGUGCAAAUCUCUCAAAGCCACCAAUUCAUACCAUGCAAGAGCCUUCCCACAUAAAGUAUGCAUCUCAAGGGGAUGUUCCUUUCCCAGGCCCACUACGUGGAGAUGCUAGAUUAUGUGCAGACCAAUCAAGACCAUCAAUAAAUAUGGCACAAGAUCCCUCCCACAUAAAGAAUGCAUCUCAAGGUGACAUUCCUUUCUCAGGCCCAUUACAUGUGGCAGCAUCAAGUGGCCUUCUUUGGGCAAAAAGGCGCGAGUAUGCAAAAGCAAAAAAUUCGCACCGUAGGACUAUUUCAAGAGGUCAAAUUUCAAAUGCAUUAGAACCAUCAAUGGGCCUGAAAGAUACUUCAGAUUCAAGAAGGCAAGAAAAUGGGGAUGUUUUACAUGCGGGUCUCGCAGAUUCUAAAGGCAAUGAUUCACAUGAUAUGUCCAGACGUCCGUUGCAGAAACAGUGGAGCCAGUUUGAGUGUCCAAAUUCUUUUGAUGCAUCCGAUGUCUAUUUCACUAAGGAACUAUCAGCACCACUUUAUCUGAAGGAAGAAUUGGAAACUAAGAAAACCAAUCUGUGCAUUCAGGAUCAAGGUGACAGAGUUGAGUUCUCUGUCCCCUUCUUGUCUCAAUCACAUGGAGUUGAAGAACUCUUAGAACGGCGUGACCGCCAUACCCGUCAAGCAGUCCGGAGGUCUUGGUUCCAAAGAGGGAAAAAACAAGGGAAAACAGCCGUGAGGGUAUGUCCAAACAUUCCACGAGAAGCCAUCGGCUGACAACAAGAUCAUUUAUGGAGCAAAAAGAAUGCCAAGACCAUGAUGCCUCGGAUUUAACAGGGCUGCCAACCCCCAACAGGCUUGAUACAGCAUCAUUGGUAAACUGGGCAAAGCAUGCAUUGAUAAAGAGUUCCCUAGGUCAGUUACGGGAUCCAAGGACAUGGGAAAAUGAUAAAUCAUAGCUGCAUAAAGUGCCAGAUGCAGUGGAGGUGGCUAUAACCAAUGUUCAAACUUACAGCUUUAAGUAGGUGAGGUAGGGUUAAAAAACAUAUCUUGGCCAAUAUUAUGUGUAUAUGCAUGAGGAAUGAUUCAAAAGCUUCUUAACACUACUCCAGACUACCCUUUUUUCUCAUUUUUC